GCCAUUUCCCGCCUGUGGGCAGGGCCGCGGUGCGCGCCGGGAGCGGGCGGGGCGGCGGCGGAGCGCGGGCUGGGAGGCCCAGGAUGGCGGAGAGACCGGAGGACCUGAACCUGCCCAACGCCGUCAUCACCCGCAUCAUCAAGGAGGCGCUUCCUGAUGGAGUCAAUAUUUCCAAAGAAGCCCGGAGCGCGAUCUCCCGAGCAGCAAGUGUUUUUGUGCUGUAUGCAACAUCAUGUGCAAAUAACUUUGCCAUGAAGGGGAAGAGGAAAACCCUGAAUGCUGGGGAUGUGCUCUCUGCCAUGGAGGAGAUGGAGUUCCAGAGAUUUGUGGCCCCUCUGAAGGAAUCCCUGGAAGUUUACAGGCGUGAGCAGAAAGGAAAGAAAGAGGCCAGGAAAGAUAAAGACAAGAAGGCGGACUCGGAGGAGCAAGAUAAGAGCCGAGAGGAGGACAAUGAUGACGAUGAUGAAAGGAUGGAGGAGGAAGAACAAAACGAUGAGGAAGAGGUGGACAACUGAGCUCGCUCGUGGGUAGGGGCUGGGGUGUGCUCAGAGGGAUGUAAACGUGUAAAUCGACCUUCCUGCGUCCCCUCGUGUAUCCAUUAGAGCUUUGUACUGCCCCUCUGUGGCCUGUAAUUUGUACAUAAAGGACUCGUGCUGAAGCUUU